UAUAAAUAGUUGGAAAGGGCCAACCCACAUAGCUCUCAGCUCCUACCCGUCAAAAAGCUUAUACGCCAACUUUCUAUUCUCAGACCCAUUGUAUACACAUUUCCUGAUUUUCUUGUCCCCUCAAUUCAAUAUUUGAUUGGACUCAUUAAAUUCUUGAAUCACUUGAUCCGCCUCCCGUUUUGCAAAUCCUCCAUUACCUUUCAAUCGCUGGUUUAACAAGUAGGUUUACGAGUUUUGUGUUUGAUGUUCUUGGGUUGACUAGGAAAAAAACAGAAACAGAAAAAGAAGAGAUGGAGCAGAAGCAUUUCUUGUUGUCUGCGUUGAGUGUGGGAGUUGGAGUUGGUGUUGGGCUGGGAUUGGCAUCUGGGCAGGGCAUGAGUAGAUGGGCUGGUGGAAAUGGUUCUUCAGAUGAUGUCUCAGCUGAGCAGAUUGAGCAGGAGUUGAUCAGACAGGUGCUUGAUGGCAGAGACAGCAAGGUCACCUUUGAUGAGUUUCCGUAUUACCUCAGUGAUGUAACUCGCAUUUCAUUGACGAGUGCUGCAUAUAUCCAUUUAAAGCACUCAGACGUUUCCAAGCACACCCGGAACCUCUCACCUGCUAGUAGGGCUAUUUUGCUCUCAGGACCUGCUGAACUUUACCAGCAGAUGCUUGCCAAGGCUUUAGCACAUUACUUUGAAUCGAAGUUGCUGUUAUUGGAUGUUCCUGAUUUUUCCUUAAAGAUACAGAGCAAAUAUGGAUGCACUAAGAAAGAAUCGUCUUUCAAGACAUCCAUAUCAGAGGCUGCAAUGGAACGAAUGUCCAGUUUGUUUGGUUCUUUCUCAAUCCUUUCUCCAAAAGAAGUAAAAGGUACAUUGUGUGGACAGAGCAGUAAUUUGGAUACUAAAUCAAGAAGUAUGGAAGGUAUGAAUAAUCUUGGCAAACUUCGCAGAAAUGCCUCUGCUGCAUCUGACAUAAGUAGCAUUGCCUCCCAAUCUGCUUCCACAAACUCAGCUUCUCUCAAGCGAGUGAGCAGCUGGUGUUUUGAUGAGAAACUCUUUCUGCAAUUGCUUUACAAGGUAUUGACUUCAAUGUCACAAAGAAAUUCUGUCAUUUUAUACCUAAGGGACGUUGAGCAGGUUUUUCUCCAAUCAGAAAGGAUGUACAACUUGUUCAGUAAAUUCUUGAAGAAACUUUCGGGUUCAAUUUUGAUACUUGGUUCCCGUAUGGUGGACCAAGAAGACGAUUGCAGAGAAGUAGAUGAGAGACUCGCCAUGUUAUUCCCAUACAAUAUUGAGAUCAAACCACCGGAAGAUGAGACUCAUCUUGUUAGCUGGAAAGCACAGCUGGAAGAAGACAUGAAGAUGAUUAAAUUUCAAGAUAACAAAAACCACAUUGUUGAGGUACUUGCAGCAAAUGAUAUUGAAUGUGAGGAUUUGGGUUCAAUUUGUCAUGCAGACACAAUGGUCCUUGGCAAUUACAUUGAAGAAAUUGUGGUAUCAGCAAUUUCAUAUCAUCUGAUGAACAAUAAGGAUCCAGAAUACCGAAAUGGAAAGCUUGUUAUAUCAUCUAAGAGCCUGUCUCAUGGAUUGAGUAUAUUCCAAGAAGGAAAAAUUGGGGGGAAAGGUACUCUAAAACUGGAAACUAAUGGUGAAGUUGGCAAGGAAACUGAAGGGGAAGAGGCUGUUGUUGCAAAGACUGAAUCAAAGUCUGAAACUUCACCUGAAAAUAAGGGUGAAAUUGAGAAAUCUGGUCCUGGUGUGAAGAAAGAUGGCGAAAAUCAAACUCCAGCAAAAACCCCUGAAUUUCCUCCUGACAAUGAAUUCGAGAAACGAAUCAGGCCAGAGGUUAUCCCUGCAAAUGAGAUUGGAGUGACAUUUGCGGAUAUUGGUGCCUUGGAUGAAACUAAAGAAUCACUUCAGGAGCUCGUCAUGCUCCCUCUUCGAAGACCAGACCUCUUCAAAGGUGGGCUUCUUAAGCCUUGCAGAGGCAUAUUACUAUUUGGGCCUCCAGGCACAGGAAAAACUAUGCUAGCCAAGGCCAUAGCAAAUGAAGCUGGAGCAAGUUUCAUUAAUGUCUCAAUGUCCACCAUCACUUCAAAAUGGUUUGGUGAAGAUGAAAAGAACGUCCGAGCACUGUUUUCUCUUGCUGCAAAGGUCUCACCAACUAUCAUAUUUGUUGAUGAAGUUGAUAGCAUGCUUGGGCAGCGGACCAGAGUUGGUGAGCAUGAGGCCAUGCGGAAGAUAAAAAAUGAGUUCAUGACACAUUGGGAUGGGCUGUUAACAAAACAUGGUGAGCGAAUUCUCGUCCUUGCUGCAACAAACAGGCCGUUUGACCUUGAUGAAGCAAUUAUUAGGCGGUUUGAGCGCAGAAUUAUGGUUGGUCUUCCAUCCAUUGAGAGCAGGGAAAUGAUUUUGAGAACUCUUCUCGCUAAAGAGAAAACUGAGAAUCUGGACUUCAAGGAACUUGCAACGAUGACAGAAGGAUAUAGUGGAAGUGACCUUAAGAACUUGUGCGUGACAGCAGCUUAUCGACCUGUUAGAGAGUUGAUACAGCAAGAAAGAUUGAAAGAUAAAGAAAUAAAGCAGAAGGCUGAGGAAGGCAAAAGCUCAGAAGAUGCUUCAAGCACAAAGGAAGAUAAAGAGGAAAAAGUAAUUGCUCUGAGGCCUUUAAACAUGGAAGACAUGAGGCAGGCAAAGAAUCAGGUUGCUGCAAGUUUCGCAUCUGAGGGAUCAAUAAUGGGUGAGCUAAAGCAAUGGAAUGAUUUGUAUGGAGAAGGAGGUACAAGGAAGAAGCAGCAAUUGACUUACUUCCUCUAGAUUGUAGAAAGCUGUCAUCUUGGAGGCACAUCAGUAAUGAGGAGGCUAAAGUUCAAGGAAAAGCUCUUGCACUGCAGGCAUACAACAAUGCAGCAUUGAAUAGAAGGCAGAGUCAUCAGAGUGAAAUUCUAGAAACUACAGCAGAGCUUGUUUCAGUGUUCUAUUGUUUGCUUAGGCCAUUCUAAGAACAUUGGAAACCACAUUUGGUAUUGUAAUUAUGUUGUGGUAGUUGAAAAUGCAUACGGGUUUGAGGAAUUUUGGUUGGAGGAGCCCUUUAUGUUGGGUUUGUUGGAUAAUUUGCAGCCUAUGAACAACAUCCGCGUACAGUAGCAUUUGUAUAUUGGUCAUGUAUAAACUCGUAUAAGUCUUGUAGAAUUUAAUUUACGUGUGAUUGGAGAUCCGAGGUUUAAAUCAA